CUCAAUCAAACCCCCCCCCCCCCCACAUUUCUUCUUGUGCUUGCUUCUUCAACUUUUAGUUUCUUUGCUGUUCUUGCUGUAAUUAAAGAACCCUAAAGAGAUAGUUAAAAGAGGAGAAAGGAUUUGUUCUGAGAAAAGGCGUGGAGGAUAAUGGAGGAAGCAAUGGCCGCAACCUACUGGUGCCAUCAGUGCUCUCAAGUGGUUACACCGAUCAUGGAAGUCGAGAUUAAAUGCUCCUUAUGUCAUGGAGGUUUUAUCGAAGAAAUGAGCAGUGGUACAAGAGACGGUGCUCAAGACAUGGAUUCUGAUUUCCAAUCCGAUCGAUCGCUUUCUCUGUGGGCACCCAUCUUGUUAGGUAUGAUGGGUAAUCCUCGCCGCAGAAGACUUAGACGUUUCGAGUAUGAUGAAGAGAAUUCUGAUGGUGAAGCUCGCCAUGGAGGUGAUACGGACUUGGACCGUGAACUCGAAUCCAUCAUGAGGAGUAGAAGAAGAAGCUCUGCUACGAUUUUGCAGUUGCUUCAAGGUAUUAGAGAUGGAAUGGCAUCUGAAACUGAGAAUUCUGAUAAUGAUAGGGAUAGGAAUCGGGACAGGGAACGAGAGCAUGUGAUUUUGGUCAACCCUUUCAAUCAAACUAUCGUCCUCCAGGGUGGUCAAAACCAAAACUCCAAUCAUAUAGGGUCUAUAGGAGAUUAUUUCAGUGGUCCUGGCUUAGAUUUAUUGUUGCAGCAUUUGGCGGAAAUCGACCCCAACAGAUACGGAACUCCUCCAGCACAAAAAGAGGCGAUCGAGGCCAUGCCAACCGUCAAAAUCGAGGAGAAUUUGCAAUGUUCAGUGUGCUUAGAUGAUUUCGAGGCUGGUAGUGAAGCGAAGGAAAUGCCAUGUAAGCAUAAGUUCCACAGUGGGUGUAUAUUGCCAUGGCUGGAGCUUCAUAGUUCGUGUCCAGUUUGCAGAUAUCAAAUUUCCUCCGAUGAAUCCAAACUCGACUCCGAUAGGCAGAGGAGUAGUAGGAACCGAAGAGAAAGAGAAAGUGAAAGCAAUGUUCAGGGACAUGGGAGUGUUGGGGAAGAAGAAGGUGAAGGGGACGGGAGAAGUGGGAGAAGGUUCUCAUUUCCGUGGCCGUUCAACGGUUUGUUCACAUCGGGAUCUCCAUCCAGCAGAGGGAAUUCAUCGUCCUCGUCGUCCGGAAAUGCUUCUCAAACAGACGAGAACUGAGUUUAUAUGGUUUGAGCAUCAUACUUGUUCAAUAUUCUAUUAUGCCUUGCGUGAUAUGUGCAAUAGUUGUUUCAAUCUUUCAAAAAAUGUGUUGUAGAUUUUGAGCUUUGGAGCAUCUUUUUCACAAAGUUAUGAAUUCUGAAAUAUUAUGUAAUCUUCUUUCUGCUGGCAUUUACAGAAAAUAAUAAA